AUGUCCGGUGCCCAUGCUUUGUAUGCGGACACUACGCCAUCCCAGGGGAAAACAUGGCAAGCGAGACUGGAGGAUCACUGCAAAGAGAGCGGUGUCCCUGCCCCGAAUUUCGUGAUUGUCUCCGAUCGUCGAGGAGGUCGCACGGCCUGGUCCAGCUCGGUCACCGUCAAAGGCAUGUUAUUCAAGGCUCGGUUUUGGUACGAUGGCAAGAACCUCGACAAUGCCCGGGAAGACGCCGCCGAACUGGCCGUGAACUACUUCCAGGGGGUUAAUCAGAAUGCCCGGCCGGGAGUGUACCCUCGGGGGCCCGGUCGUUAG